AUGGCCGUGGAAGUGGUCCUCAAUACACCCCUCGCUGACGCGCUCAGCAAUGUGGUCCAGCCAAAACUGUCGGAGGUGGGGUGGAGCACUGGGGGGCUUGACGACUCUGCGCUGGGAGAAUACAUCAUCCUGAUGCUUGUGAACGGGAAAACGCAGGAACAGAUUGCGGCCGAGCUUUCCAAUGACCUGCUCAAUCUCGGGCCUGAUGAUACUGGAGCAACGGACUUUGCAAAGUGGCUUUUUGAGCAGGUCGAUAUCCUGAACGGGCAACUGAACGGGCCUCCUGCGUUUCAGAUAUCACAAGCGCAGCAAGGCCAGGCAAUACCAUCAUAUGUAGACGAAGGGAGUUCAUUCAGUGGUGGAGACAGACAUCCAAACGACGGAGGAGGUACUGAUACUGAUAUGGGUGAAGCUAUGGACGGGGUCCAUAAUGGGGCUAUGUAUGCAUCCGUCAUUCUCGAUCUCGUCAUUCACAAUCCACUGACAGACGUAAAUAGACCGACUGGUCCCAAGUCGAUGCGGAAUCCUUCACGAAACGGCAACAAAAGAAUAAUAGGUCAAAUAUCAAAAGCCAUGGAUCGAUCAGGCGACGUUGCUCUUCAUCGCGUCCGACCGCAACAAGGCACUGAGCGUAUCAAUACGCAUAGCCGGCCACCACCGAAAGGCCCCCGAACUGAUCAAAAUCGAACACCGAGAACGCAACCAAACGGAAGACGAAUGGGCAUGCCCAAUACUGGAGCGGCCGGUCCGUUGAUGCAGCUGACACCACAGGAGCAAGUGCUAUUGAUGUCUAUGUACGAGGAUCAGGCACGAAUGAUGCAACAAAUUUUCUCCCCUCAACAACAACAGAUGUUCAUGCCAUCAAUAAACCCAGCUUUCCAGAAUGGCGCUGCACCAUCAAGGCAACAACCAGGCCGGUCUCUCUUCGAGAGGGUGGAGGGCAAUCCGCAACGGCAGAACGGACACUUCAAUAAAGGUUCGCAGUUGAACGGUGCAAGGUUCCAGUCCCAAGAGCCUUCUACAGAUACGGAUAUCCCUAGCAGUUACACCAAUGGCGACAUCUCGUCGUCUAUGGAGGUUGAAAGCUCACAGAACAAUCCACCAGAAUCGGCCUCAGAGACGAUUUGCAGAUUCAAUUUGACUUGCACGAAGACAGACUGCCCGUACGCUCAUCAAUCUCCUGAGGCGCCUCCAGGAACCACCAUCGAUGUGAAUGACGAGUGUCCGUUUGGUGCCGCCUGCAAAAGCCGAAAGUGCGUGGGCCGUCAUCCAUCGCCCGCUCAGAGGGUCAGUCAUCAAUCCGAGCAGGAUUGCAGGUUUUUCCCGCAUUGCGCAAAUCCUUCAUGUCCAUUCCGACAUCCUACAGCGAUGCCUCCUUGCAGGUUCGGCGCCGAUUGCAAGAAGGAAGGGUGUAAAUUUAUGCACGUCAAAACCACGUGUCGAUUUAAUCCCUGCUUAAAUCCACAAUGUCCCUUCAAGCAUGCUGAGGGUCAGAAGAGAGGAGUCUUUGGAGACAAGGUUUGGCGGGUGGCGGAUGAUAGUGAAGACAAGGGCCAUGUCAGCGAGAGGAAGUUCGUCGACGAGAUGGGGGAGGAGGAGCUGGUGGUGCCGGACGUCAAACUCGAGGAUAUCAAGGCCGAGGACCAAACGCAUGGAUCCCAGAGUUCAAGCCUAGGGGCCGAUGUUGUCACAUGA